GACACGAUUACCCUCAUUCACGCGCGACGUCCCCUCCGCCACGCCUGCGUGAUACACAGGCUUGCUGUAGUUUCUACAAUCCCUACUAAUCGCGCCCUCGAUACGCAACAACCUCCUGGCUUCCUCGUGAGCGCACCGCUGCCUCACACGAACAGCCCACCCCUCAGCCAUCGCCGCGAUGCGCUCUAUAUUAUAUUCCCUCCUGUCGCUGGCGACGUUUGCUUCCACACUUGCGGCCGAUACGUCGAGUGCCCAGGCGACCGCCAAGAAGGAUGACUGGGACGACAAGACGCCAGACACAAUAUUCAACGGCGAGACAGUGCCACCCAUGAUAGAACUUGGGCCCGCCACCAUAGACACCGAGAUCAGCAAAGGCAACUGGAUAGUAGAGUUCUUCUCGCCCUACUGCAGCCAUUGCAUGCACUUUAAGCCCACCUACCAGACCAUCUACGAAUUCUACUACACCUCGAAACCCUUUCUCUCAAAAGACGAGCCUGAAGGCGACUCCCUGAACUCUUUCACCCGAUACUAUGACUUCAAGUUUGCCAAGGUCGACUGCGUCGCAUACGCCGAUGUCUGCAAAAAGCACAACAUCCAGAGCUAUCCGACCAUGAUCUAUUUCCAGGACGGCAAAGAGACGGAAAGAGAGACAGGCUCCAAGGACAUGAAGGGCAUGAGUUCCUGGGUAGAGCGACUUUUGGAGACUCUCCGACCGGGUACACGCAAGGAAGGUGGUCCCAAGCUUCCCAAAGUUGGCGCAACAUCGGUAGAAACUGGCCCGGAAACGGAGCAGGCUGUCAAGGAAGAGAAGAAGGCAGAAGCUCAAGACAAGAAGGCUGCGAGCCCAGCCACCAACCUAGCCGCCGGCGCCACACCUUCUGCUUCGCAAACGACCAAGGCUGCGCCUGCAAAGGUUGAGCCCACCUCGAACGCGAACCCAUCCGGCAUCGUCGAACACCUUACCGCCGAAACGUUCGAGAAGCUUGUUACAAACACACGCGAUCCCUGGUUCGUCAAGUUCUACGCGCCAUGGUGCCACCACUGCCAAGCUCUUGCGCCGACGUGGGCGAACCUUGCGCGCCAGAUGAAGGGAAAGCUCAACAUCGGCGAGGUUGACUGCGACGUGGAGCGAAAGCUGUGCAAGGAGGCCCGUGUUCGAGGAUACCCGACUAUGCUCUUCUUCCAAGGUGGCGAGCGCAUUGAGUACGGAGGUCUCCGUGGACUUGGCGAUUUGCUUGACUACGCGGAGAAGGCCUCGGCGAUCGGUUCUGGCGUGCCUGAUGUAAACGCUGAAGAGUUUAAGAAGAUGGAGGAGACGGAAGAAGUCAUCUUCACUUACUUCUACGAUCACGCAACCACCUCGGAGGACUUUCAGGCGCUCGAGCGACUUCCUCUCAGCCUUGUAGGACGCGCAAAGUUGGUCAAGACCAACGACAAGGAGCUCUUUGAUCGCUUCAAGAUUUCCACCUGGCCAAGGUUGAUGGUAUCAAGAGAUGGAAAGCCUACGUACUACCCACCUAGGACACCAUUUGAGAUGCGUGACGUCAAGAAGGUCCUCACCUGGAUGAAGUCCGUUUGGUUGCCCAUCGUCCCCGAGAUGACAUCUACCAAUGCCCGCGAGAUCAUGGAUGGCAAGUUCGUUGUUCUGGGUAUACUUAACCGCGACCGUUCCGACGAGUUCAUCCUCUCUAAGCGUGAGUUGAAGAGCGCGGCGCUUGAGUGGAUUGACAAGCAGGACACUGCCUUCCAGCUUGAGCGUCAGGAGCUUCGCGACGCGAAGCAAUUGCGCAUUGAAGAAGCCGAGGACAAGGACAACCAGCGAGCACUCAGAGAUGCGAAAUCCAUCCGAAUCAACAUGGAUGAUAUCAAGCGCACUCAAGUCGCAUUCGCAUGGGUUGACGGUAUCUUCUGGGAACGCUGGAUCCGGACCACAUACGGUGUCGAUGUCAAGGACGGCGAGAGCGUCAUCAUCAACGAUGAAGAUAACCGUCGCUACUGGGAUAGCACCGUAUCUGGCGAACCCAUCCGUCUAUCGCGCGCCGCAAUCCUUGAAACCAUCAAGAUGGUUACAUCGAACCCGCCCAAGAUUCCCGCCAAAUCUACCACUGGUCGCAUUACUGGCAUGUACCUCUCCACUCGUCACUUUAUUAACAACCAUCCCUUCAUCUCGCUCGGCAUGUUUGUCGGCUUCUUCACUGCCGCAACACUAUUCGGCAACAGUAGGCGGAAGAGAAGAUUUGGAAAUACCGGCGCGUACUUCCAGCUGGGAGAGAAAGAUGGCUUACUGGGCGGCAUGGGUAACGGCAACUUUGGAGGCGCAAAGCACGAUUAAGCUCUGAGAUAAGACCACAGGAUGACUUUUGGGUGGUUUGGCGUUGUUUUUGGCAUGUAUCAUAGUCACGGUUGGUUCUGAGAGCGAUAACGGUUACUCAUCUCGCGUCUUGUAUUAAUACAAACUGUUGUUAUCAACAUAUUUUGUACUGCAAUGGUCAAAGUGUGCGCCUGCAUACGCCCAGACGAUAUCACGACAUUUCCAAGUUUUUGACGUGCUGCGGUAAAGCCGCCUGGAG